UGGACCGGACGGAUAUGGUAAUUUUCAUAUUUAAAGUACUGAAACACACUUCUUCUCACCACUGUGGGAGUGUACUGUGUUUCUCUCUCUUCAACCUCAGCAUUUCAAGAAAAAUGGCAGAAAUGCCGAUUCAAUUCGGAAUCAUGGGCUGUGCCGAAAUUGCACGCAAGGUAUCGCGAGCAAUUACACUCGCGCCGAACGCCACCAUCGCCGCCGUUGGCAGCCGCUCGAUCGACAAGGCCACCGGAUUCGCUGCAGCCAACGGCUUCCCUCCGGCGGCCAAGGUCUACGGCAGCUACGAGGCCGUCCUCGACGACCCCAACAUUGACGCCGUCUACGUCCCUCUCCCCACCAGCCUCCACGCGCGGUGGGCGGUGCUCGCCGCCAAGAAGAAGAAGCACUUGCUGCUCGAGAAGCCGGUGGCUCUCAACGUGGCCGAGAUUGACACGAUUAUCGAGGCGUGUGAAUCCAAUGGUGUGCAAUUCAUGGACGGUACCAUGUGGAUGCAUCACCCUCGGACGGCCAAGAUGAAAGAGCUUCUCUCCGAUUCUCACCGUUUCGGGGCACUUAAAUCGGUACACAGCUGCUUUACAUUUGCCGGUGACCCAGAUUUUCUCAAGAAUGACAUUCGUGUGAAGCCAGAUCUUGAUAGCCUUGGUGUUCUUGGUGAUGUUGGGUGGUACUGCAUCAGGUCAAUCCUAUGGGCUGCUGAUUUUGAACUACCUAAAUUGGUAAUAGCUCAGCGUGAACCUGUUCUCAACGAAGCAGGAGUAAUUCUAUCUUGCGGCUCUUCUUUAUACUGGGAAGAUGGGAAGGUAGCAACCUUCCAUUGCUCUUUUCUCUCCCACUUGACCAUGGAUGUCACCGCUAUUGGAACAAAGGGAACUUUGCAUCUCAACGACUUUAAUAUCCCUUUUGAAGAGAACAAGGCUUCAUUUUCUUUCGCUUCCGAAUCAGGGUUCACGGAGCUCGAGACAGGUUGGGGACCAAUGCCAAGCAAGCACAUUGUCGUGACAGAUCUUCCCCAGGAAGCUCUAAUGGUGAAGGAGUUUUCUGGAUUGGUUGGAGGUAUUAAAAGAAAUGGUUUGAAACCUGAGAAGAAGUGGCCUACUCUGAGUAGGAAGACACAAAUGGUUCUGAAUGCAGUCAAGGCAUCCAUCGAGAAAGGUUUCGAGCCUGUCGAGGUUGGGAAUUAAAUAUGGAUUUUCGAAUCUGCUCCCACUGAAAUUGAUCUUGAACUGAAGUGCUGUUUGCUGCGUGUAAAUCUAAAUUAUUCUCACCCUAUUGUGUGAGUUUGAUAAUGUAGUUGGCAUGGAAUAAUUUCAAGCUUGAGUUGUGAUUCAAAUGUCACAUUUAUCUUUUCUAUUGUUAUUUUUUAUGAUAUAUAUAUCUAAUAAGAUGUAAAAAUAUUAAGCAA